AUGCCUCGUAGAAAUCGCAUCAUCCUGGAGCAACGCGAAAGGAUUAUUCAAGCUUUUGAAAACAGAAAUGAAGAUUAUUUCAUGGUGGCCGAUACAAUCGGUGUAAAUCGAUCAACAGCCAGGAGUAUCGUUGCCAGAUUUGUACGGGAAGGUAGAAUUGCAGAGAGACCAAGGGGAGGACGAAAWAAUGUCCGGGUCGAUAACCAGAUGAGGGACACUCUCAAUGACAUUGUAAAUGAGAAUUGUCAACUAACUCUGGCCCAGAUAAACCAAGAAUUACGGCAACGUCUUCCCGCCAAACCACAAAUCCACGACCGUACUGUGGCAAGGACCUUAGACGGAAUGCUUUUUCGUGUGAAACUAAGCAGACCACUCCCAGCAGAAAGAAACAGACCGGAUGUCAUCGAGAAACGAUAUGCUUAUGCCAAUUGGUUUAUGGGCCAUGCCAUAGUAAAUCAUUCUGUUUUUAUAGAUGAAUGCGGAUAUAACAUUUGGACUUCUCGAAGCCAAGGCAGAGCGAGAAGAGGAGAAAGGGCCUACAGGCAAGUCUGCGGUCAAAGAGGAAGAAACGUGACGGUUGCACUCGCUAUUUCACCGACUAAUGGCCUUGUCUUCCACUCUUCAAUCAUUGGAGGAAUGAAUGCGCAGAAAUUUAACGGCUUCCUGGCACAGACGCGUUUAAAUCUUGACCCAGAUGAAAACGUCAUUUUCAUUUACGAUGGUGCCCCAGCCCAUCACAAUCCAGUCAAUCCAGGUGCAAACACUGAGAUGAGAAAACUGCCGCCUUACAGUCCAUUUCUAAACAUCGUGGAACAAGCAAUAAGCUCCUUGAAAGCAGCGGUAAAAGCAGAUAUAAGUCGUCCCGCAAUACAACAAGAAAUGAAUAAUCGAGAUGAAGCAAGAAACCAAGGCCUUGCUUUGGGCCAUUACYGCACRCAGCUGCUUUUGGAAGCUUUGAAUCGAAAUAUUGGAACAAUCACUCCAGCUAAAAGUGGGCAAUGGUUCCGUUUUAUGCAAACAUAUCUACCCCGUUGUAUUAACAGAGAGUUUAUCGAAGGCUGA